GCACUACCACGAUGAGACGGUAGUGGAGGCUAGAGCGAGGGUGAGAGGGUGAGCUGGAGAAAGAUGCGGACGACCCGAGAGGCUGAGAGGUUGAAGAUAAGCGAGGCCAGGAAAGCUGAAGAGUUAGGGAGAGUUGUAACAGAUGGUGCAAUACUCAGGGUGUUAGCCGCUCACAACCGGUACUGGAAGGAAACGAURAAGACUUUAGAGGCGAUAAACGAAGGAGGAGAUAGUGAGGACUUUGAGACAUUUUAUGACAUACUGGAGCGGUCGGCGAUGAGAUACGAGAGAUCGGACCGGGAUGGAUAUAGGGACGACAGAUACGAGAGGUCGGGUCGAGAUGGCUACAAAGGAAGUAGAUAUGAGAGAGGAGAUCGGGACUGGGAACGACAAGAUGGGUCACGCGCACGGUAUGAGCGCGGGGGAGAUGCGAGAGAACAACGCGACGAGACGAGAGGAUGGUACAACCGAGGGGACCGACGCGAUGAGUCACGAGGACGAUAUAACUUGGGGGACCGCCGGGAUGAUUCGCGAGGGCGGUAUGACCAAGUAGGGUUUGGAGGAGACCGGCGCAACGAUCCGCGCAGUCGGAAUGAGAGAGGGGGAUAUGACGUCUCAUCAGAACCAUAUCACAGGUCGCCUGACCCCAAAGCGGCCAGGAGUUUGAUCUCUAGAGGCGCAGACGAGAGGGCAUCUACUCCGAGGAAAUCAUGCGUCUACUGUAGAGGAGAAGAUCAUAUCAAGAGGGAUUGCCCGGACCUCAAACGGGCAAUAGAAGAGGGACUUGUCGUGCUUGASGACCGCAAGUACGUCAAGUGGGCAGAUGACCUCGGAGAUGUAUCGAUGUUCCCUUCGAUGAACGAGAAUGUUGAAGCAAGGAGAAUAAAGACGAGUAAAGGAAUGGAGCCGGUCAGGAGUCAGAGCAUCAAGAUAACCUUUGAGGGGGACAUGGCGACCACACCCAUGAGGGUGGCAGCCACCAAGUCGGCGACAGGGUCUACAUCGAAGAAAACUGACACGGAUUACGUGAUGGCGGAGAAGGACGGGCAGCGGGUCGAUGGAGAGGAGUGCUCUAUUCUGGAGUACCUAACGGCAUCGAAGCCGGCUCGUGAUGAGUUACAGAUGAUAACGCGGAAGACCCGCAUACCUCUGUCGGAGGAAGGUCUGGGGGCCCCUAAGGCGGAAGCUUCUACAGUAGCAGUAACGGGGGUGACUGCUAGAGCGGAUCGCAUGGCGACAGUCCUUCUCGAUGGGAUGAAAGGUGUGCCUCCAGACAAGUUUUAUAUACUUGGUAGCGGGGCUGUGGAGACGAUUAUAAACGAUGGAGCGGUACUCGAUGCUGUGAUCGAUAACGGCAGUGAGACUGUCAUCAUAAACGAGGACCUGGCMGUACAGGUUGGACUGGGCCUCGACAGGUCGUACCUAUUCGAGAUAGAGACGGAUGAUGGCAGAAAGCAACAGAUCACUGGGGUUUGUUACAAGGCAGCCAUAGAGGUCCAAGGGGUACGAGUGACCCUGCCUGUCUUUGCAGUCAAGAACUGCAGCUCCGACCUGCUCUUGGGUCGAACGUGGCUGAGCCACGUGCAUGCGGUGACGAUAGAGCGGCCUGAUGGGAGCCAAACGUUGUCCAUUAAGAAGCCAGACGGGACACGGGUAAUGAUAGAGACAGUGGAGCCUCGGGACCCGAGGAACAGAGCAGCUCUCGCUGUGGGUGCAAGACCCAGUGAUCAGAUUAAGUCCUUACCCAUCUCCGGCCGCACGGUGCGAUUUCGCGAGAAGAGAUAUGGACCACUGCUCACAGAGGAAGAAGGUAGGAUGGUGGAGGUAGAAGAUUUAGGAAGCCGGCUAAUAGUGGACGACAAUUCGUACCCGAAGGAAAAAGAUGAGGAAUUUGGCAGUGUGGUAUCCGUGUCUUUUUUAAGGGCACGGCCCCCUAUGGGGGCCUCCUUAAGCGACACAAGCGAGUAGCUCAAAAAGUUAAGCCAGCUGCGGUGGGCCGCGAGCGAUCGGCACUGGAACGGAUAUCAGAAGAAGAGAUCGCGAAAGAAAUCAAA